UUCCUGUUUCCUUCUUUACACACAUACACUCACAAUGGCACUCCGCACGCCACUGACGUUUGCUGCAAAGCGUAUAACAUCGACAGCCCCCACCACGGCCAUACUCUCGUCAUAUAGUUCGCAAAGGAGAAGAGGCAAUGCCACAGUCGCCCCAGCGGCAACAGGUGCUGCUGGUAGUAAGGGCCCAACGGCUAUUAUGUUCAUGAACAUGGGAGGACCGUCCACAACGGACGAAGUUCAUGGCUUCUUGAGCGCGCUAUUUGCCGACAAAGACCUCAUCCCACUUGGUCCUCUACAAAAUUACAUUGGCCCUUACAUCGCGCGGAGACGAACGCCGAAGAUUCAGAAGCAGUACGCUGAGAUUGGUGGCGGAUCACCCAUCCGAAAAUGGUCCGAAUACCAAGCAUCCGAAAUGUGCAAGAUCCUCGACAAGACAUCUCCCGAGACGGCGCCGCAUAAACCUUACGUCGCCUUCCGCUACGCAAACCCACUGACUGAGGAUACAUACAAGCAGAUGCUAGCAGAUGGGUUUGGUGGAGGAAAUGGUGGCAGAGCCGUCGCAUUCACACAGUACCCCCAGUACUCGUGCUCCACAACUGGGUCAUCACUCAAUGAGUUGUGGAAGUGGCAGACCAGACUAGAAGGCAAGCGAGCAGGCGAAGAUGUUGACCCAGAAGGUGCCAUCAAAUGGAGUGUAAUUGACCGAUGGCCCGCCCAUUCUGGACUUGUCGAGGCUUUUGCGCAGAACAUCGAGAAGAAGCUGGCCGAGUACCCACCCGAGCGAAGAGACAAUGUCAUCCUGCUGUUCUCCGCGCACAGUCUUCCCAUGACGGUUGUCAACCGUGGCGACCCCUACCCCGCUGAAGUCGCAGCAACCGUCUACGCUGUCAUGCAGCGCCUGCAGAUGAAGUACAAGUACCGCCUCGUCUGGCAAUCGCAAGUCGGACCACAGCCCUGGCUUGGGGCGCAAACCUCGGACACAGUCAAGAACUUGAUGAAGAAGGGUCAGACAGACAUGGUGCUCAUUCCAAUUGCUUUUACGAGCGACCACAUCGAGACGUUGUACGAGCUGGACAAGGAAGUAAUUGGCGAGGACGCGGAGGGUCACGAAGGUGUGAAGCGCGUGGACAGCCUAAACGACAGCCCAGUCUUCAUCCAAGCCCUUGCAGAUCUUGCGAAGACGCAUCUUGAGAGCGGAGUGGCAUGUAGCCCACAGAUGAGUCUACGAUGCCCGGGGUGCACGAGCGAGAGGUGUUUGGCGCAGAAAGAGUUCUUCGCCGGACAGGCGAAGCACCUGCCUACUAUCGGGGCGUGAUGCGGGGGAGAAGUAGGGGAUGUAUAUCAUGUAUAUCUAAUGUAUGCCAGCAUAAUGAAAUGUACACUGAGCUUGGACCCUUGGAUGUCGAACUUGACUUGGAACCAAUUUCUCCAGCAGUCUUUGCAACCGUUCUAUUUGGUGAGAUGCAGGGUGAAUAGCUGCAGGUUGUGUG